AUGCAACAGAUUUAAUUACUGCAAACAAUAGCCAUGACCAAGCUCAGUGCAAAACGGUCUCAAGCGCGAACUCGCUACAACCAUGAUUGAAGAAUUAGCAUGGAUCAUUUUGACGGUUAUUCUGGUGACACUGGUCAUCAAUCACUUCACUGCAAACAGAAAUCUACCUCCAGGGCCGUUUCCUUUCCCAAUCAUUGGAAAUGCGCAUAAAUUGGCUGCCGAUUCACGCCAUGUUGACCUCAUGAAAUUAGAAAAACAAUAUGGCAAAGUGUUUCGUCUGUAUCUUGGCAGUAAGCUCGUGGUAGUAGUUAGUGGUGGAAACGCUCUCAAGGAGGUCCUCGUUACAAAAUCUGCCGAGUUUGCCGGACGUCCGAGUAUCUACACCGCCCAAGUUUACUCAAAGGGAAAGGCAAUCGGACUAGCAGAUUAUUCUCCGGAGUGGAAGCUUCAUCGCAAGGUUGCUCUCUCUGCGCUCAAGACAUACAGUAACGUCAAGCUUAAGCGAGGAACUGUCAUUAAUGAUGAAUUUGACCUGCUCUUGAAGCGAGUCCGCUCCAGAAAUGGACAACCACACGACAUCACUAAAGAGAUUCGACUGGCCGUGAUGAAUGUGAUUUGUGCUUUGGUGUUUGGCUCGAGAUACGAGCUGGAUGAUCCCGAGUUUACGAAGUUUAUGGAAAUCACCAACACAGUAGCGAGUGUGAUCGCGGCGGGAAGUGUUGUGGACGUGUUUCCAUGGCUGUGGUUUAUUCCCUUCAAGUCUAUUGAGAAGCUAAAAAAGAAAUGCCGAGAACGAGACGAGCUGGUUGGCAGAAUUUGUCGAGAACAUGUGAAGGCGAAUAGAAUUGAUAAUCCUCAAGAUCUGACAGACGCGCUGUUGAAGGCAAAGAAAGAAGCCGAGGAUGAGGAUUCAUCUGUCAGGGAGUUCCUGACAGACGAGAAUCUCAUCAUGACCAUGGCUGAGGUCUUUAUGGCCGGAUUGGAAACCACUGCCAGCACCCUGUGUUGGGCAUUAUUGUACCUGAUUCACAACCCAGAAGUCCAGCAGAUGUUGCAUCAAGAGUUAGAUCAAGUCACUGGUCCAGAACGGUUGCCAGAAUUGGAGGAUAAGAAGAAUCUGCCAUAUUUGGAAGCCACCAUAACUGAGACCCUUCGUCUCUCGUCUCUUGUCCCUCUGUCGGUUCCUCAUAAAACGACCGUGGACACCACUCUGCAGGGAUAUGCUAUUCCUAAGGGCACCACAAUCCUAAUGAAUCUAUGGUCCCUCCACCACGACCCAGAGAUUUGGGAUGACCCGGACGCCUUCAGGCCUGAAAGAUUCCUGGACGAGGAAGGUAAUUUUGUGCCUCCAAAAGCUGACCGUUUCCUUCCGUUCUCGGCUGGACGUCGAGUUUGCUUGGGGGAGUCUUUGGCACGGCUUGAGCUCUUCCUGGUGUUGGCACGCUUGCUGCACAGCUUCAAGUUCGAGAAUCCACCAGGCUGCGAUCUUCCAACUUUGAAACCCAUCAAUGGAAUUGUUUCGAUGCCUCAGUCGUUCAGCGUCUGUGCCCUCAACAGACAUGCCGUUUAACAUUCCGUAUCAACAUUAUCUUAUUUGUUUUUUCCUAUCGUAUAGAGUCAGACUACACCGAGCCCGAGGGGGAUGCUCCCUUAUAUGGGCUAUAUAGGUAUCUGUGGCUGCAAAGGGUAUGGUUUUUCAGCAAUUUUGGUCAUAAUUGGGGUAUCGAUGUUAGCUAUUUUGGUCAGAUGUAGGGUAUGAGUUUUGCACUCUAGUCUUGAAUUGGAUAUCUUUUCUAGUAGUCCCCUUCGUAGCCGUUAUUAGGGUCGUCACGCAACGCUUCUGCGUCACGCAACGCGUUACGUGAUGAACCUAAUAACGGCUGCGAAGGAGACUACUUUUUUUUAG